AUGGAGACUGCCGCUUCCUCUGCCCCAGCACCUGGAGGUUUGCUGGUGGCCAUGGAUGCUCCUCGAGGGCUGGUGCGUCCCCCAAAACUGCCCCCAUCUCUGCAGGCCAUCCUCCCUGUGUGCCCGUCUGGCCCUUCCUGAGCAGAUCCGGAGGUUGCCGACGGAAGAAAGCGCGCCCAGCAAAUGCUGUCUCAAGAUGUCCUUUCAGGGCUCCCCACCGCCUCUGGCCGUUUGGUCGGAAAGACCACAAGACCACGGAUGAAAUCGGGAGGAGGCUGGCGGACAGCCGUGACGUUUCCGCGACCUGGGGCGUGACCCCACAGGGGUCCCCAGGAGCAGAUGUUCCACGACCUAAGGAGCUAGAGCCGGCUCCAACUCCAUCAGCAGCUCUCCAGGGAGGGGUGGUGCCUGCAGAGACUUCAGCAGGAGCCCAGGAGCCGGCAGUUGACCCGGCACCUGCCCACGGAGAGCCUGACGCCGACCAGGAAGGGCCUGCUCGAGAACCUGUGCCCGGAGAGCCUGCCCCUGUUCCUGCCACUGUUCCUGCCGGAGCCAGGGCCCCUGUGCCUGCCCCGAACUGUGGCCCUGCUCCUUCCCCAGACCCCGCUCCUGCCCUGGAUCCUGACCCAUCCCUACCCCUGCCAGUGCCCCUGUCCCUGCCCCUGACCCAGAUACUGCCUUGGUUCCUCUAUGUGCCAUUGCUGCAGACCCUGUCCCUCCCCUUGCACCUGCCCCUUCCCCUUCCCCUGCUUGUGCUCCUGUUCUGGCCCCUGACCCAAGUCCUGCCCCUUCCCCUGCCCAUGCCUGUGUCCCUGUUUUCGCCUCUGACCCAAAUCUUGCUCCCACUCAUGUCCCUGCCCCUGCCCGUGCCCCUGCAGCUGCCACUUCCCCAGCACCUGCCUGUGCACCUGUUCUUGCCCCUGCUCCGGAUCCUGACCCAGCCCCUGGCCUGGAUCCUGCCCCUUCCCCUGCCCCUGGCUCUAUUCCUGUUCUUGCCCCUGUCCCGGCUUCUGCCCCUGCAACUGUCCAUUGCCCUGCCCCUCCCUCUGCUCCGGUGCUUGCCUCUGACCCAGCUCCUUCCCCUUUCCCUACCCGUUUCCCUGCCCCUGCAUGUGCACCCAUUCCUGCCCAUGACCCGCCUCCUGCCCCUGCACCUGUCCGUUCCUCUACCUGUGUCCCUGUCCGUGCCCCUGCCAGAGCCAAUGCCCUUUCCCCUGCCUGGGUCCCUGCUCCUGCCCCUGCCCCUGCCAGAGCCGAUGCCCCUUCCCCUGCCUGGGUCCCUGUUCCUGCCCCUGCCCCUGCCAGAGCCGAUGCCCCUUCCCCUGCUUUCCAGGGCCGCGGGCCCUUCCCUUGGCCCUGCCUGUGCUCCUGUACUUGCCCAUGACCCAGCUCCUACUGUGGAUCCGGCCCCUGUCCCUGCUCUUGCAUCUGGCCCUGCCCAUCCUCCUGUUCCUGCAGGGCUCCCAGAACCACAGCCAGAGCCCACAUCCUCGUGGGGAGAGCCCCUUGUACAAUUACCCUUAUUUCCAUCACCCGACCCUGAUGCCCCGCCAGAUUGUUUCAUCCCCUGCCCCUGUGUUCUUUCUCUCUGGUACAUGUUAACUGUUAUAUUAUCUUUCCUUAUCCUCUACGCUGUUUAUUAUUUAUUUUAAAUAAAAUUAAUUGUUUUCUGUUGGACAAGUCUGCAGCAUUAAUUAUAUUCCCAAUGCUGUGCCACCGCACCCCAGAACAUUGCUGCACAAUAUCUGCUUCCGCAAAGGACACCCUGAACCAGAAGGCCUCCCUGCCCAUUUCUCCCCGAGCCCAGGCCCUGGCGACCCCUAAGCUGCUUUCUCUCUCUGUUCCUUUCCUGGGUGUUUCCUGUACGUGGAAUCACGCAAUAGGGGCUUUUGCGUCUGCCCCCCUAUUUUCAAAGGGAACUCGUUUCCUUCUGUAUUUAUUGGACACAGAAUUUCCCUUAUUCGAUAUUGAAAUGCCUGGGGCUUACAGAUCAGACGUAAUCAGAGAGGCCACUUUAGGAAUUCUGGGCACAAUCUUGGGGCCGAGACCCCUGUUCCUGCUGGGACACCUCAGCCUGACCCCAGACAGGACAGGGCUGGUUCCUCCUGUGGCCCACACAGAAACCAGGGAAAUGCAGAAAGCUGGAAGACACACCCCAAAGGGCAAUGCAUUGCUCACAACCCCAGGCCAGAGAAAGGUUUCAGCGGACUCUGGUCCAAACCACGCUCCAAGUCACUGGGUUCCACAGGGAGAGACCACACGCAUGCAAGUCCAAGUGGGGACAGGCACGGGGGGAGUCAGAGAAGCGGAGCUACCAGGGAAGGACUCUGGCAAAAACAAAAAA